GAAUACCGUUAAUUAGUUAACAAACAUCAGAUUGAUCCAAGACUAUGAUUCUUCCUUGAUAUUAAAGUGAUGAACAGCCCUCAAUAUCUUAAAUCAUGGGAGCUCAUCAAUCAAUUGGAUACAAAUCUAAUUAUACAAAUAAAGAAAAGAAGCGAUGACCAACAUGAAAAUAAUGGUCAUCAUAACAUAGACUUGACAGUUUCUGAUUAAAGUUUUCAAAGAUUUUGAUACGAAAAUCUCACGAAAAGGUGAAGAUCACCUUUAUCGAGGAUCAGACUUGAGACUCAGUUAAUAAUUUCACCCAUCAACAUGUUCAACUUGAUCUUCCGCAUCCUCCCAUUAAUCCAAUGGCUCAAGAUACUAAAUUUAAUUUCCCUUUCUCGUUAAAUUGAUAUUCUAAAUUUUAUUUAUUCACAGUGAGUAUAUGCAAAUAUUAGUAUUUCCGUUUCAUUCACCAAUUAACCUAAAGUCCUUUCAACCUCUUUGUUUACCAAACAAAAGUUACUGUUUAUAUUUCGUUGGUGUUUCAUUUCCAUUCACUUAUUAUUACGUAAACCAGGUACUCGGAAUGUUUAAUUUAAGGCUUCUGACCAACACGAUUUGAAUUAAUUAUCACACUAAUUGGAUUAUUAAUGUUAAUUGUGAAACAAAAUGUUUUCUCCAUCAUGAUUCCCGAAAUCAAGUAAACAUAAUCAUCUCCAUUCAUCUUAUUAAACUCUCUCUCUCUCUCCAAAGUUGAUAUAAUAUGAAAUUAGUUAAUUAUCUCUGUUUCUCUCUAAUCUUGACAAUCGACGUCCAUCCAUCCAAUCAAUUUACUUAAUUUAGUUUCAUAUUAUAUUGAUAGUUGAACAAUACACAGUAAACUCACUGGUAAACAAUUCUAAUGAAAAAAAAGCUAAUUGUAAAUGUGAUUUAAAGGAUUCAUCUCUCCGCUCGAGGCUAAAUUGGUCAAUACAAUACCUUGAAUAUCUGCAAUAUCUGAUUCCAUUGGCAAGUUAAGAGAACCGGUUCCCAGAUGAUGAGAGAAAUACAGAUGAAGAAGAUGAAGAAGAAGAUGGAGAGAAAUUGGAAAAGAGAGAAGAGAAAAAUAUAUCCAAAGCUUUUCCUUUCUGUUGGAGAAAAAGUUUGUUCUCUUCUAUCAGUUUUGCUCUCUCACUCCCCAUUGGCAUGUUCAUCUUUUCUCAAUCUCCAUCAUCAUCUUUCGCUCUCCCUCGAUGGCGAUGAAGCUGCUCAGGGGCUGAGCAACCGGUCUCAGGAACAACAACAAGUCAAACCCAACAUGGAGCAACUUUCUACCAAGAAUGUUUCACAUUCCUUCAGUUAGGCUCCUUUGGCUCCUUAGGGAAGAAAGAGAAGGGAAAAAAGAGAGGGAAAAAAUGGUACAAGAGAGAGAGAAAGAAGAUAAAUGAAGAGAGUGAGUAAGUGAGAGAGAGAAACAACCGAGAGUCGGCUUUGCAAAUUGGCCUUAGAACUCAAGUCAGUAGUUAAACGCCAGAGUCCCAAGAAGCACAGAAUUUAAACCAAAUCGUUUUCCAGUGAAAAUUAUGAUUCUCAGAAAAAUCAAAAUAUUCCCAAUAUUGUCAACAUAAUUUUCAUUCAUUUUAUCAUCUUAAGUAAUUAAUUAAUCGUGACCAUUGUGAUAAUUAUGAGGACAACAAUUAAUUGGAUAAUUUGGCCAAAAUCAUCAGUGUUUGGUUUACCCGAAAAGGAUAAUGAUGGCAAACAAUUAACUAAUUAUAACAAUAAUCAACAUUGUAUCUUUUUUUUUACCCUGACAAGCAAACAAAUUUACUCAACAACAAUUAAAGCCAACGGAAGUUAAUUAACAUGUUAACUUCAAUUAAACCAUUCUCAGUCUUUUGUAACAAUAACAAAUCGUCAACUUUAAUCACAAAUGGAUCAUCAUCAUCAUCAUUAUUGCCAAUCAAUAUUAAUCUUGUCUCUUGUAUUAAUUAUCCAAGAGCAAGAAGAACGAUUAAUUUAUUGUUAAUUACCUUAUUAGAUAUAAUGUCCAAAUUAAUUGUGAUAAGUUUAUUAUUUAGUUGUCUUCCAUCAGCAUCAUUAGCAACAACCUUAAUCUCAUCUGUAACAUUGUCAUCCUCAUCCUCAUCUUUGCCAUUGUCAUCAUCACCAAGUGAUACCUUUAAUUUUGAAAUUGCCGAGAACACGUUACCAGGUAAAGUGGUCGGUCAAGUGCCGAUCAAACCAGGUCUCAUUUACCGUUUUAAUAUCGAUAUUCCUGAGUUUCGAUUUGAUUCAUCAACCGGAUCAAUAUUGACCACAACAGUUUCCACCGAUAGGGAGACUCGUGAUUUUUAUCAAUUGUUGUUAUUAACCAAUUCACCAAGUUAUCCAAUUAAGGUACGGAUUAAAGUGACCGAUGUCAAUGAUAAUCCACCUUAUUGGCCUCCAUAUAUCAAUAGGAAUAUCUCAUUCAGUGAAUCAGCGCCAAUCGGUUCUAAAUUAAUAUUAGAAACAGCAAUUGAUCCUGAUGAAGGUAAUUUAACUUAUCAAAUUGUACCAACGACAAUAACAACAACCACAAAAAGAUCAACAAUUAAAAGUUUCCUCUCAACAAGGAGAUCGACAACAUCGUUAACAGAUUUAACAACAACAUCGACAUUAUUACAUCAAGCAAAUGAUUAUUCAUCAAUGAAUGGGUCAUCAUCAUCAUCGUUUAAUGAUCUACCCUUUAAAUUGAUUUACAAUGUAACUUCAUCGUUUCUUCAUCUUGAAGUGUCCGAUUUACUUGACCGGGAAACACAAUCUAAUUAUAUUGUCAAUAUAUCAGCGGUUGAUGGCGGAGGAUUAACUGCUUACCUGACUCUUCAUGUAACCAUCCUUGAUGUUAAUGAUAAUCCACCAAUUUUUGACCAUUCUGAUUAUACGGUCAGUCUUAAUGAGACUGUUGGCAAAGGUGUGCCCAUUUUACAGGUACGAGCAACUGAUGCCGAUGAGGAGGGCAAUGGAAAUACAACAAUUAGUUAUUACCUGUUGGUGGAAAAAUAUUUCACCAUUGAUCCGGUAACUGGAGUCAUUUAUACCGCUCAAGAAGGUCCAAUUGAUUGUGGUACAACACCGAUAACAUCAUUAUCAUCUUCAUCUCCAUCUUCAACAUCAACGACAACUUCAUCGGCACUUUACAAUCCGAUUACAUCUUCAACUGGAUAUAAAGUUUGUGUUUUCACCGUUUUCGCCCACGAUCACGGUACACCAAGACAAAAUGGCCGAGCUUAUAUAACAGUUAACCUUUUGGACACCAAUGAUCAUGAUCCUGUGAUUAAAUUUCGUCAUCUAUCUCGAUCAGAAGUGGCAACGGUUGAUGAAAACGCUGUCAGUGGAUCUGUUGUAACUGCGAUCUCAGUUUCAGACUCUGAUCAUGGUGCAAACGGUGAAACCUCAUUGAUAAUUGCUUCAGGUAACGAGAUGGGUCACUUUAGACUUGAAUCGAUUGGCACUUCUCACAUAAUUCGUGUUAAUAAAUCACUUGAUCGGGAGAAAAUGUCUUCCUACAAUAUAACCUUAAUUGCUCGUGAUUAUGGAUUACCAGCACGAUCAUCAACCGCUAAUCUAGUGAUUCUUGUUAAUGAUGUAAAUGACCAUGAACCAGUUUUCAAACGUGACACCUAUGAGAUUAAUAUUGUAGAAUCGUUGCCGAUUGGGUCAUUUGUUACAUCAAUAAACGCCGUUGAUUUAGAUGAAGGGAUUAACGCUAAAUUGUACUACUCGUUAAGUGGACCUAAUGCUCAUUUCUUUCACAUUGACACUCUCACCGGACUGGUAACCACUGAUAAGAUAAUCAAUCGUGAGGAAACACCCGUUUUUGAGCUUAAAGUGACCACUCGUGAUGGUGGACCUAAUCCAAAUUGGGCUCAUUCAAUGCUUAAGAUCAAUAUUUUGGACAUUAACGAUGAGAUUCCAAGUUUAAUCCUACCCAAGGAUUCAGUUUAUUACGAUAAUCAAAGUUCAUCUUAUAUCUAUGAAAUCGUUGAAUCAAGUAAACUUAAUUUACCCUUAAUAACAAUUGAUCGUGAUCUUGGUUCUAAUGGUACAGUUGAUUGUAAUCUAUUGUACAAAUACGGUGGACUUUUUCAAAUAAUUGAUUCAUCAACCGGAAGUCAACAUACUCUUAUUUCAACCCGUGAACUUGAUUAUGAGAAGUGUUCAUCCUACCGAUUGGCAAUCAUUGUUAAAGAUCGUGGUCCUCCCGGUCAUCAGCUUAGCUCAUCAUUAACACUGACCAUUUUGGUUAAAUCAUCUUCAGGCUUAUCAUUAUUGAUUAGUGAGGCAACUCCGCCAUCAAGUGAAUUGUUUGAUCUAUCAACGAUUACACAAGAUCCUGAUUUAACUUCAAAGAUAGAAUACAAAUUAAUUAAUUGUUCCCGUUGUUACGAGCCAACCUUUCAUGUUGAUUCAUAUUCAGGCAAAAUAAUAUUACAGAAACCCUUGGAUCGUGAAACCAUUGACAGUUAUACGUUAAUUGUUGGAGCCUCGGAUUCAUUUCAUUUAACCACCAAAAAGAUUCAAAUAACCGUUACCGAUGUUAAUGAUAAUGCCCCACACUUUAAAUCUAAACAAUAUUACUUUGAUAUACCCGAAAAUAUGGACCGAGGGACAGUUAUUGGUUCAAUCGAAGCUUUUGAUUUAGAUCUUGCUCCUCAUUCAUUGACUUAUACCAUUGUUUCCGAUGGAUCCUUUGGUGAACCGGAUCCGGAAGAGUAUAUUUUCAAUCUCAAUGAAAAGACUGGGGUAUUCACGUUAAUGCGUCACCUUGAUUACGAAUCGGAUCCUAAUCAUUUCAUCAUUACCUGUGAAGCUUUUGAUGGUUUAUAUCGAAGUGAACAGAUUAAUGUUUAUUUUAAUUUGAUUAAUCUAGAUGAUAAUUGGCCAAUAUUUGAUCCGACGAUUUACAAAGUUGAACUACUUGAAAAUGUGACCUUAGGUCAUUCAGUUGUUUGUUUAUCGGCAACUGAUGCGGAUACAUUUGAUUCUGUUAAUGGUAUUGAUGCAAUUGGUAAUUUAAAUGGUUCAUCAUCUUUAACAUCAUCAAUUAAUUAUUACUUUAAAGAUACUUCAUCCUAUUAUGGGUUUGCCAAUUCAUCGUCUUCCUCAUCAUCAUCAUCAUCAUCGCCAUCGUCCUCUGCUCUAGUGUGGUCAUCAUCGGGUCCAACUAAUGAAUUAGCUAAACUUAUUUCUGGCCCAUUUAAAAUUGAUUCAACCUCUGGGUGUAUUGAGCUAAUUUCAUUAUUAGAUCGAGAGUUAAUUACUCAUUAUGAUUUAACUGUUAUCGCCGAUGAUGGUUACCAUAGGUCAACAGCUACAGUUUCAAUUAAGGUGAAAGAUGUUAACGACAAUGAACCGAUAUUUGACCCUCGCACACCGACAAUACUUCAGAUCCCUGAAAAUCUUGGGCCCGAUUCACUAGUUUACGCAUUUAAGGCCGAUGAUGCUGACGAAGUACCAAACAAUUAUGUUCGCUACGAUCUAGAAAAUGGCGAUCCAACUACUGAGGGCGAUUUUCCUUUUGCCAUCGGUCAAAUUAAUGGUCAACUUCGUUUAACAGGACCUCUUGAUAGAGAAACAGUGGACACUUAUUCAUUAAUUGUUCGUGCUCGUGAUUAUGGAGGUCGUUCUAGUUCCGUUCGAAUGACCCUUCAAGUGUCCGAUGUUAAUGAUAAUUCACCUUCAUUUGAAUUAUCAGAAUUACAUGUUUCUAUUCCGGAAAAUGUUUCCCUCCAAUCAACGGUUAUUACACUUCGAGCCUACGAUUUAGACUCACCCGACAAGAUCACCUAUCGAAUUGCCUCCGGUGAUGUUUACGGACACUUCGGUAUAAACCAAGAUUCCGUAAUUGUAUCGGCAACACUUGAUUACGAAACAAUCUCAACUUAUGAUCUUCGUGUCCAGGCCAUUGAUGAAGCAGGUAAUUCUGAUACCGCUCGAUUGAUUAUCAAUUUAAUCAACAUUCACGAUCAACCACCAACCUUUAUCAACUCACCUUAUACAAUUAAUUGGUAUGAAAAUGAGAUCGGUAUCAUCGGUACUUUCCAAGCACUUGGUGAAACAAUUAACGAUAAAUCAUCUUCAACCAAUCGAGCUGAACUUAAUUAUCUGUUGAAAAAUAAUCAUGAAGGUUACUUUGAAUUGAAUUCAACCUCAGCUCAACUCUCAGCAAUUAAGCCAAUUGACCGUGAAUCAUUGAUGAUCAAGAGUGUUAAUCACAACAACAACAACAAUCCAAAUAGUGCCAAUAAUACAAAUGGAUUAAUUGAAUUAAGGAUCAUCGCAAUUGAUAAACGACUUCCACGAUUAACUGGUGAAGGAAUUGUUUUAAUUAACAUAAUUGACGUUAAUGAUAAUAAGCCAACAUUUAAUUCACCAAGUUACUCAUUUGAAUUGAUCGAGGAUACAAUUCACCCUGCGGGCAAACCUUUCGCAACAAUCAAGGCUUCCGAUUUAGAUUCAAGCCAUUUACUAAUUUAUAAAAUGAUUGAUUCGGAUUCUCAAUUGUUUGUGAUUAAUUCUGUAACCGGUGAAUUGUCACUUAAAUCUGAUACAACUUUUAAUCGGGAAUCUCGUUCAUCUUAUCAUUUAACAAUCCAAGUAAAUGAUUCAAAGUGGACAGACACAACUAAAGUGACCAUUACAAUUGGUGAUGUUAAUGAUUGUAAACCAGUGUUUAAUUCAAUUAACGGGCAAUCAAUUGAUUCAUCAACAACUAACAAUCAAGUUGAUCUUGUUUUCCAUCCUUCAAGAUUGUCUCUUCUACCUGAUGACCUUUUCCUUUUCGGACUUUAUGUUACCGAUUGUGAUCUACCUGGAAGUGCCAAUUCUCGUGUACAAUUUACCAUUGAAACAAUUAGUGAACUCUCAUCAUCAGAAAGAGGAGAAGAUGAUUUAUUUACUAUUGAUAGGAAGACGGGUAUUGUCCGGUCAACUCGACCAAUUGAAUCUAAUUCAAGUUAUUCGUUGAAAAUUAUCGCUGAAGAUAUGGCUCAACGUAACCGUCUAGAGAAUCAGUUAAUUGUUGACCUUAAAAUUGAUCCAACUGUACCGAGCCGUAAACAAAAACGUCUAAUUGAAUUGGUUUAUAAAAUAUCGGUUAGUGAAAGUGUCAAGGUGGGUAACAUUGUCCACUCCUUUGGGCUACUUGCCGAUGUCCCCUCGUCUUUGAUUGAAUCGGUUCAAGUGAAAAUAAUUGGUGGAGAUGCUUCCGGUCAUUUCCGUUUUGACCGAAAGUAUCUGCGAAUCGCUAAACCAUUAGAUUAUGAAGAGUCAACAUCAUAUGAACUUUACAUUGAGGCGAUUCUUGAUGACACUCAUGAGAUAACCAAAGUGACCAUUGAAGUGACCAAUGAAAAUGAUAAUGCACCAACAUUUGAUUUUGAUCAAUAUAAUGCAACCAUUGUUGAGGAAAUUGAGGAGCCCGUUCUUGUGGCCUCAUUAGGGGCUACCGAUCGUGAUCUUGUUUCUGAUGAAGAUGGUGAAACCCUCGAGGGUAAAUUACGUUAUUUUAUUGAAUCACCGAUUAAGAUUGGAAAUGAUCCGAUUCCUUUUCGAGUGGAUGAAAAGUAUGGAACCCUUUGGACAACUCGUAAAAUUGAUCGGGAAUCAACUCCAACCUUUGACCUGAUCUUGGGUGUUCGAGAUGAAGACAAUCUUAUUGGACGGACUAAAGUGACCAUCAAAGUUUUAGACAAAAAUGAUAAUCCCCCUCGAUUUACUCGUUUGUUCAGUGUGAAUAUUACUGAAAAUGCUCCCCUUGGGUCAAUCGUUAUUCAAGUCACCUCAUCUGAUCGUGAUGAAGGUUCAUACGCUCAGGCCACUUAUUCAAUUCUCGGUCACUCUGAAGCUUUUGAUAUAAAACCAACCACAGGUGAAGUUUUUGUCACUGGUCAGUUAGAUCGUGAGGUCAAGGAUGAGUAUUUAUUGAGUGUAUCAGUUAAUGAUGGCAGUUGGAAAGCUCAAACAACCUUAACAAUUAACAUAAUUGAUGAGAAUGAUAAUCCACCAAAAUUUGAUAAAUCACUUUAUGAAUUUAAUUACAUUAUCCCAGAUGAAAAUAAAUCCGAUUCAUCAACAUCAAUCACCAAUCAGCAACAAAUUGAUACAAUUGGUCAAGUUCAUGCUCAUGAUUUAGAUAAAGGAUUUAAUUCAAUAAUUAGUUACUCAUUUAAACACAAUUCAGAUUAUUUUACAAUUGAUCCAAUUACCGGUGAAAUUAAAGUGAAACAUCAACAACAAUUAACUAAUAACGGUGGAGAAAAACGAUCUCAUAAAAGUAAAUUGUUGAAAUUUAAUAGUCAAUUAUCAUUUCUUAAUCAAUACAGUUUAACUGUAAUUGCUUCUGAUCGUGGUAUAAUCCCACAAUCAAGUGAAACCAACGUUUUAAUUAAUCUUCAACCAUCAUCAUCAUCAUCAUCAUCAUCAUCUUCAUCUUCAUCAACAACAACAUCUUCAGAUGGAUUAUCAAUCGGAUUUAAAAAAUCAUCUUCAUCACCAAUCCAUAAAAUUGCAAUUCCAUAUGAUUUAACCAAUGGCACUUUAUUAUAUCACCUUGAUUUAGUUGAUUACAUGAUUAAAGAAUCAUCAUCAUUAAGUAGUAAUAAGAUAAUUACUUUAACACCAACCGGUGAUGUGAUUUUUAUUGGUCAAGGAAUAAUCAAAAGACAAGAAGAGUGGACAUACAAGUUUGAACCAUCAACUCAAUCAACAGUUUUACAACAAUCUAAUUUAAUCACUUUGAUUAUUAAAAUUUGCUCACCCAAUCGGUCACCACCUCGUUUCACCUCUGGUCAAAUUCAACUCGUUGUACCUGAAAAUGAAUCAACUAAUGAUGUGUUGACCCAAUUUAAAGCUAUUGAUGAGGAUGAAGAUGCAAUUAACUCACAAAUUACCUAUUCAUUUGAGAUAAUUGAGUGGACAAUCAAUGAGAGAGCCAGUGAUUAUUAUCGUCAAGUGAUUAAACCUUCAUUAGAGCCAAGUGAAUAUCUUUUAAUUGGAUUGUCACUUAAAACUUUACUCAAUCAAACGGUUUCAACAAAAUCGAUUCUUAAACCGUUCACAAUUGACCCGUCAACGGGAAUUGUUUAUCUGAACGCUUUACUUGAUUACGAAUUGAUUACCAGUUAUCGGCUUAAAGUGACCGCAACUGAUUCAGCCUAUUUUGGUUCUCGAAACACUUCAAUCAUGAUUAACAUUCACGUUACCGAUGUUAACGAUAAUCCGCCUUUGUUUGUUGGCCUAAGGGACGAUGGACGUUUAAUUAUGGAGACACUUGAAAAUAAUCCGAUCGGCUCAAUGAUCGGGAUCGUCGCUGCCACCGAUUUUGAUUCACCUCGUUUCUCACAGUUGACCUAUGAAAUUUUGCCUGAACUUGAUUCGAGCUAUUUUUCCCUUGGUCUCAAAAACGGUCACCUCACAUCUUUGAUCUCAUUUGAUUAUGAAACCAAACGAACCUACUUAAUUAAAGUUGUCGCUCGAAAUGAUCGUAAAAUUUUCACAACGAUUACUGUUGAAAUUAGGAUUGGUAAUGUUAAUGAAUUUCUACCUAAAUUUAAAUCACAACGAUUCACCUUUGAUUUGACCAAAUCAAUGACCGCUGGAAGUGUAAUUGGUACUUUGGCCGAUAAAGCAACGGAUGAAGAUUAUAAUGAAACAAUUCAUUUCUAUUUCAUUAAUCAUCGUCGUUUUGGAAUUGAACUAGAUCGUAAUGGGACAUUACGAUUAUCGGAAACGAUUGAUUUUAACAAUUCUUUCCCAUCAAAUGGUAAAGAAUUGGUUUUCACAGUGAUUGCCAAAAAUUCUGGACCAAUUAGAGAUCGAAAUGAUUAUGAUGAGGCUAAAGUUGUAAUUAACAUUAUUGGAGCCAAUAGAUUAUCUCAUUUUAAUCAAUCUAAUUACAUUUGUAACGGUGAUGCGAGUAUUUGUUCAGAUACUAAUUCAAUUAGUCCCGAUGCAUUAUCCGUUGGAACCAUUUUGUUUGUUAUAUUUUUUGUAAUUAUUUUAUUGGUUUUAUUGGCCAGUUUUGUGAUAUUCCGUCAGCAGCGGAAACGACCAAUGCCUUCAUGUAUCGGUGGGACUAUUGGUCAGCGUAAAUUAAUGGGCUUAAGACAGAUACCAAUUAGUAAAUCUCAUCAUGCCCACUCUCUUAAUGGUUCUCACUCACAGACAUCAUUUCUUCAUCAUCCACCUCAUCAUAAUCAGCCUACAGCACCACCACCGCCGCCGCCAUUAUCCAAACAACGGCCUCCCGAUGUGAUAGAAUCACCAGUCUCAGUUCCGUCCGCUCCACCAAUACCUCAACGUGCACCCCAGUACCACCUCCAUCUUUUAUGAC